AUGGUAUCAUACCACACAGCCCUAGGCAUGUAUCAAAAACCGCCCUCAACCGGCAGCGCGACUUCAUCCCCCGGUGUCGGUUCCACGUACCACCAGACCGCCACAGGUCACCACAUGGGCCACCACAUGAUGGCAACAGGUCACCACACAAUGCCACACCACCAUUCACCACCGUCACCAUGGUACCACCAUCCCCCAUACGGCGUAAACUCCUCAAACCAACAACUGUACCAAUACCAGCACCACCAAGCCCAGUACCUACCGAAUUGUUUACACGAAUCCGGGGUGAAUUCUUCGAGCGAGCAACAAAAUUUUACAAACCUGUAUCAUAAUUUGUAUCAACAACAACAGCCCCAAAAUUGGGGCUCCGAUUUCCAUUUCGCGGAGCAGCAGAAUUUGGCUGGUGGUUCGGCUUUGCCCCUAAAUGGUGGUAAUAUUGUUCCCUCGCCUCCGAUUACAGUGAGUGGUGGUAGUGAGAUUUCUUCGCCCGGUGGAGGUACUAAUGGAGAUGUUGACGAGAAACCUGGUUCUGGAGGGCGGUUGGAGGUUCCUGGUGGAGGCGCCGGCGGUGCCAACAGGGGCGCUUUGGUUAGAAGUCCUUAUGAGUGGAUGAAGAAGCCGUCGUAUCAGAGUCAACCUAAUCCAGCAAAUGUAACGGUGUGGGGUAAAUUUAUUCCUGGAAAUAAAUGGAAUAGACACAAAAAAUGGGAAUUAUAA